AUGGUAGAGGGCCGGCUGCCUGUUGAGACGUCCGACUCCGAGCUUGCCAGUGAUCUAGAACCAGUGAAACCUGUCAUUAAACAAACUUUGCCUGAUACCACCGUGAAGGAGGGCGACCAAGUCGUUCUCGAAUGCAUCAUCACCGGACAACCCGAACCGGAGGUCAUAUGGUAUCACGACGAUAAACCUGUAAAAGAGAGUGCAGAUCUUCAACUACUCUUCCAAGGAGAUACAUGCUGUCUGGUUGUGAAAGAGGCCUACCCGGAAGACGCAGGGACAUACAGAGUUGUAGCCAUCAACUCUGCAGGCGAAGCCUCGUGUCAGUGUGCUCUAAAAGUUGAAGCUGAGAAACGCGUUCCACCCAAGUUUCUCAAGCUGCCGACAGAUCUUGAGGUUCGCGAAGGAGAAACGAUUCACAUCGAGACAGACGCAAUCGGGGACCCUAAACCCAGCAUUGCAUGGCACAAAGACGGCCAGGAUCUUCUCCCCAGUGACAACGUCCACCUGAGCGAAGAUUUGCUGACUUUAACGGUAAAAAAGGCGACAAUGGGAGAUGGAGGUGUGUACAUGGGAAUAGCAUCAAACUCCGCUGGAGAAGCGCGUUGCUUUAGCAUCGUGAAAGUUCUUCCCCCUGUUGAAGAGAGGAAGACUCCUGUGGAUCUUUCCAUUCCCCCUGCCUUUAUAAAACUCUUCACUGAUAAAAGGGUGAAGAGAGGGGAUCCAGCCACGUACACUUGCAUCAUAUCCGGGAAGCCUUUGCCUGAGGUGUCAUGGUAUUUGAACGAUGUCCCAAUCGCGAGGUUCUCAGAGAUUCGGGUGUCUGUCGAGAACACCCUCCAUUCCCUGACCAUCCCGGAAUGUAGUCAUGUUCAUCAGGGAAAAAUUACUUGCGUGGCUGGGAAUGACGCCGGUUGGGCAACUUGCGUCGGAGGCCUCAUCGUUGCUGAAAUACCCAAGGAACCCUCGGUUGAAAGGGUGCCUCCAGAGAAGGAGGAGUCCCUCAUCGUGCGAAAAGCCGUCUGUAUGAAGGCAACCGACAUAAUUACAAAUACAACCCAUGAACACGUCUCAGAGGGGAUAUUACGCCAACCAGACAAAGAGAAAGCAGGGAUCAUGGACAUAAUAGAGAAUUCAGUGGUAGAAGAACUCUCCAUCGACCAGAAAAAGGCAUUCGUUCAAAAAAUGUCGGAUCUGGAUAAGGGCAAGAAGCCUCCUCGAUUUCUUCAGCCUCUCACUGGUAUUACAGUCACGGAAGGAGAUCGAGUCCUCUUGCAAGGAAUCAUCGAAGGAGUUCCAGAACCCAGUGUGGAAUGGUAUAAGAAUGGAAUGGAGGUCGUAGUACGAUCUGAUUUACAUGUCCGAUAUGAUGGAGGGAAAGUGUCUCUGAUUUUUGAUAAAGCAAGUAGCAAGGACUCGGGAAGGUACACGUGCAAUGCUUGGAAUAUUGCUGGCUCUGCUAGCAGCACUGCUGACUUGGUCAUUCAGGCUUCAACGGAGCACACUGGGAAGUAUACAGUGAAGGCGAGGAAUACAGCUGGUGAAGCUCAAUGUGUGGCUGAUAUCCUUGUUCAGCAACCUCUGUUGCUGAAUGACGUCUCCAGCUCUUCCAUUGGAACAAAGAUUAUAGGCCAGUCGAAAGCAUGGAGAGAGGAAACACGAAUGAGAGCAGGGUUCUCGGGUCUGAGAAAGCCUUCACCCAUGAAGCCUACAGUUGAUUCUAGUUCUGACCUUGAAACCUUCCCUGAACUUGAACCAUUCCCCUUCAAACCUGCACCUGUAGGAAAGCCAAAGCCCAUCAGAGUAUCUUCACCUCCGACCCCGAAGAAAUUCUAUGUCAAAGCAUUAUCUCCACCAAAAGAAGAAUCUCCUGGACCGGUGACGAUUCCUCCAAAAUGGAUACCCCCAGACAGCGACAGUGAAGACAUCCCCACGUAUCGGAAAGUUAACUUAAUACCAGAAAUACAGGAAACCCUCCACUCCGUAUCCGCUAACACUGACGCAUGGGUCCGAUCAAUAAGCGAAACUCUCUCAAAGGAUAAAUCUCAAGAGGAAUACGCCACCACCUCAUAUGCAUCCUCGAAGUCGGAAGUCAUUGUUAACGAAGAGAGGACCGGAAUUCCUCGCCUCGGGAAAACGGUCCCCUUCGACCGAGACACUCCCACUUGGGUAUCACAUGUCUCAUGCGUAUCAUCUGAUGUGGAGACAAGUAGUGUCGCAUCUACGGAUGGAUCAAAGCCUCGAAAGUCAAGAAUCGGUGUAAAAGAGAUCAAAGAGAAACUUGUGAGGCAGGCAUCAUUGGAAAGUCCAGGGGCGAAACCGCCAGAGCUGAUUCCUGGUGCGGUGAGGCUCUGGCCGCCAGACAAACCAAAAGUGCCUGAAACACCCAAGGAGACCAAAACUCCUCAGCCAAGAUUCGUGGAACCCUUACCGACCUUGGAGCCAUUCCCAUUCGAACCCGAGAAACCUAGGUUCCCUGUCGAAAUGGGCGCACCCCCUCCAAAACCAAAGAAAUUCAUUCCUGGGAAAGCAUGGGAAGACAGACAAUCCUCAGGCGAUGAAAGUCGGAUUCCGGUGAAAUGGGCACCUUCAGACAGUGAAACGGAAGAGCCCAUGUAUCGACGAGUGAGGGCCCCCACCUCUCCUAGUCCAAAACAGCAUCAUGAUGCUGAAAUUGUGAAGAAACCCAGCGUGACAUCUCCACCGCCUUCACUGGAAAGGGAAGAAGGCGGUCCGGUAGAAAAGUCACUUGCUCCCCCCCAAUUCCAACCAUUCCCCCAGGAAACUGAGAUGCAAGCUGAAAUACCUCAUGCUUCAGAGGUGAUGGGAAUCACACAAGCAUUGCAUGUGACUCAUUCGGAAAUACAAAGCACCGUCAAACCUCUACCUGUCUCAGCUAAGCAGAUCGAGGAGAGUGUUUCUUCAAAAUAUUCAACGCUGGAGAUCGGCAGAGCAGACAUCCGGGAACCAGCAGAAAAGCCUUUUAGUCCGACAAAAUUCACCUCGAGUGAAGGUCGAACAGACACACCAACAUGCCUUCUAUCCGACAGUGAUUCGCUUGCUUUGGAACCAGGUUCACCACCGGAACUCUCGUACACUCAGCCCCCGCCGAUACCAACAGGGACUCCAUCUGCAUCGCCAUAUAUCCUUUCUCCCUAUCGAAAGAAUCUGGAGAUUCAGACUUCAAGGGUGACCUUGGCAGAAUCGACAAAAUUCUCAAGUCGCUUCGUAACUCAAGAGCAGACUCGCAAGUCGAUACACUUCCCUCAACCUGAAUGGCCUCUGGUGAACGGGAAGAAGGAUUACCAAGAAGACUCGUCGGAUUUGGAAUGGGAAUCUCAGUCUCCCUGGAGCUGGAAGAGUCCCGGCGCAAAAGUACAAGCUUCAGCGAAGACGUCUGGAGUAAAAGACAGACCCUUGUCGCCUAUGAUUCCUAGGAAAGUCCCUCCGAAGACGAUAUUUGAUGGAAAAAGACCUUCCACGAGACCCGUACUCAGGGGAGGUUCUCCCCCAGUACUUAAAUCAAAGCCAGAGACCCCUACAAAAGAAACAUAUGCCUUGAGUGACACGGAAACCCUGGUGAAACCUUCGUAUAAGUUACCUCGCCCACGGCUCAGUCGGGUUCAGGAUAUUCGGAAAAUGUUCAAUGCUCCUUCUGAACCACCGAAGGAUGAUCUUGCCGUAGCGCCUUACUCUGCCACUUUUCCGAGUAUUGAAAAGAGUAAACCCUUGGUCCUCCAACCAGGAUCUCCACCCGAAUACGCUUAUGUUGAAAGGAAGACGGCGACUGCUGCCAAGCAUUUUGUCCAGAGUAAUUUUGAUGACAUGUCGCAGACCUUCCGAACCAAGACCGAAAAGUUUGCUCAGCAGAUUGUAGAGGACGUUUGGGCCCCAGAAAAGAAGGAGCCAAAAGAAAAGGCCGCUGGAAAAACGACGGAAGAGGUAUCAAUACCAACAGGAGAGGACACUCGGGUCGUAGAAACGAAGCAUGGAGAAAUCGAACAAUCCGAAGCCCCUCAGGUUUACAGGGAAGAAACUAGAACUGUUGACUUCGGUACGAAGCACGUGGAUCCAGACUCAGGGCUGAUCUAUUUCAAGUACGACUUUGGCUACGAAUUUGGGAUUCUGACACCGGGUAAAGGAGGAGUGAGAGAACUUCCACCCCCGGAAGAGGAGAGCCCUUCCAUCCAGAGAGAGGGAGACAUUGAAAUGCCCAUCAUCCACAUAAAGACGAAGAAGGGUGAAGAAGGGAGGCGGCAUUCGAUUGGAGGUGAAGAAGCGAGAAUCGGAAGACGACAGGGGCAAGAUUUCCGUCAGAGGAAACCCUGGAGCGAGGGAGAGAUGUCGGAAUCUGAGCUGGAACCUCAUCCUCAUUCCCGGCCUCUCUUCCGGCCUAAGAGGUUUAUGGAUAUGAAAGCAGCAAGAUGGCAGCCGACAUCUGAAAGUGAGAUGUCCGACUUGGAGGCAGACAGGGAGUUGAGGACGAGCACGACACUUACCAACCCUUCCUCUCAGUCUUCUCUUUCAGCCUUGGAGAGCCUUAAGCAGUGGCGGCCAUGGUCUCCUCCAAGUCCACAAAAUGACGUUCCUGUUUUCACCACUCGACUGACGGAUCAAGCAGCGGCUGUGGGCUCUGACGUAAAAUUGGAGUGUUGUUUUGCUUCUGGUCCCGAUACGGAGGUGAAAUGGUUCAGAAAUGGCCUCCUGUUGGUUCCCUCUCUUGAAUAUGAGAUCAUCUUCAGUGACGGGAAAAGCCAGCUCACAAUUCAUCACCUGAAGCCAGGUAUAGAUUCUCUCCCUCUCAAACGUCUCGUAUUGCUUUAUUUACGCUUCCUUUCUUUCGACGACGAUGACGCGAUGAAGCGCCGGAAUCCCCUUCUCCCCUCCCCACAUUCUGGAUAUCGAAUCAAAAACAGUCUCCCCGAGAGGGAAUACUACCUUUUCCAAGACACACGCACCCUGGAAUAUUCCAGAAGGGAAAUUCUGCCGGGCUUCACCAACAAGGACUAUCCUCAGUCACGUUACAAUCCCUUCAAAUGCACCUUGAAGUAUUCCAAGCGCUUCUAUUAUGACUUUUUGAACAAGGAUCAGUAG